AUUGACAUCAUGAGGAGCUAGUAAGUAACUAGUAGCGAUGGCCUCCGGCCUAGUAGUAUUAGCUCAUUUUAGCUCCAUAAGUGACCUCAUGGGGUUUCCACUCUUCUCUUCCUUCAGAUUGAAUAUGUGAACGUACCAGUGCAAAGCUUACGUAUUGUGACAACGAUUCCGAUUGAUUCAAGUCGAUGAAGUGGGCCUUGCAUCUCCGGUCUCAAGCCUCAGAGAGUCACUCUGGAGCCACACCUCAGAGUGUCACUAUGGCACGGCCUUUGCGCCUUCGCAUCCUUUGGGUGGUGAGCUUGGGCAUCAUCUUGCUGCAAGCUGGACGAGGACGUUUUGGUCUUAAGUGGAUGGACAGAUUCAAUCCAAGGUGUGUGGGAGCCCAGCAGAGGGAUCAGUCCAGCAGCAUUGCUCAAAUCAGGAGAACACACAUAGCUGAAACCAGGAAGCCCUGUGCAGGAUUCAUCCACGGCUGCUCUUCCUGCUCUAAGUCAACUUCACCUCGUACGCAGCAGAGCGCUGUCAAAGAGGAAGUGGAGACGACUGCAGAGACUGGAAUAGGAACAGAUCCGACCGGUGUGGUGUCUGUGCCGACCGGCGGAGUGGACAAGUCCCAACUGCUUCGUGAGAUCACCAGCAACACUCCCGGGCUCACCCGCUCAACAUCCCCACGCAGCGAAGGAGGUGGUGUUCGUCUCCUUUUUGCUCCAGAGCCCCAUGAAUCAGUGACAUUUGCUUUGUGGUUUGGGCCAUUGCCCUGCUUUCAGGUUGGUACCUUCCGGUAUUGCUUCUGCCUGUCACAAACCAUGGUCCUCACUGGCUUUCUGCUGGCGCUUGCAGUCGUUGUCAUGGGACCCGAGAUCCUGAUGCCCCCUCGCUAUGGAUGAGACAUGGAGCAGAAGUGGUGAAUGCGCUGAGCUGGAUCAUGCUGGAUCCUUCGAGUGCUGAAGGCAUCAAGUUGCCUUCAGGUGAAGUCGUCGAUCUGCAGGGAAAAGCCUUCAAAGACAGAUUUUCUGCGGCUUGCACUGCCAAAUGGCAUCGGUCGAUUUUCUGCAGCGGUUUGCACCAAAAA